GCUGGAACAGCGUGUAGAUUGAUAGGGAGCCGUGCGCGCGCAGAUGUGAGGUAAAUUCUGUGAAGAUCGCAAUUUUUAUUUGUUGCAUCAAAAUUCGAGGUUUUGGUGGUGGGAUAAACCUUGGUCGAGUCAGUCAUUAAAGGAACCGACUUUUAGUUCUUCGACUGUAUUUUUUUUUUUUUUUUUGCGAGUGCCUCGGAGGCCGGAACUUUUUGUGGACGUAAAGUCAAGAUGUCAGAUAUUUCUGUGAAUGACCAUCUUGAGGGGAUAUUGUCAGAUUUUGAGGCGUUGAAGAGGUCCUUUGAUAUCGACGAUGUGGAUGAAAUGCCCACGUUCUCGCCAGGCACCUCUGUCACAUCUCCCAUCGGGCCGAGCUCUGUCCUCAGCAAGCCUGGUGAGGUGCGGACUCCGAGCCACCACGUGGCCCCCACCUACCGCUCACGCAUCAGCCUCAGCUCCAGCCCCGCACAGAGUCCCGCCAUAAAGGGCAGGAUGGUCUCCAGUCUGUCCUUCAACCGGGGCACCAUGGGAAAGCCCACUAUCAGCUCUAACAUGGGGAUCAAUCGCGCUGCCUCCUUCCAGAACAAAUUCAACCCCAAUGGCUUUGGCUCUUCAUCAGGGCUUGGCAGCGACAAUGACAGCCUUCACAGCUCCUCUUCCAGCUUGGAGUACCAGGCCUCAUCCAAAGCAAGCUCCUACACCAGCCCUCCACAGAGCCCCAUGGACGUGGGCGAGUACAAAGCCCAGCGCCUGGGCAGUCCUGCCUUAAAGAAGUUCUCCUCCCACGGGAACGUGUUCCACUCAGCGCUCGAGGGCCCACUGGUGAACCCCACAGAGCCGUUGGGCAUCAGCCACGGCUCCAUGCCCUCUCUGGACCUCCAGAUGGCUGAAAGCGGAGGAACCAGGCGGGUGGUGUCGCCAGGGUCAAGAUUCCCUACAUCCGCAGUUUCAUGGAAUGCACACAGGCUCCUGAACAGCAGCCCCGUCGGAAAGGAGUCACCUGUUAACCACCAGUCCCCUAAAGCCAAGGAACCUGCUCGCCUCAACAAGUUCCCCCUUGACCUCGAUAACCUCGUAGCCAAAGCACAGACAGAGGGGACUGUGGCACCGAGACCUCCACUACGACUUCACCCGGUGUCCCCCAGCCCCACUGCCUCAGCCAGCCCUUCUCCUUCCGUUAGCAGCUUAAACAGCACUGACCUUCCAGCUGUCCACAACCAUGCUGCAGAGAAACGAGAGCCUGCCAGCCCUCCAGGGGCCAUUCCUGUGCCUACUAUCAGCCAGUCCCCUGUCCAGCUGUCCCCAGCCCAGAUCCCCUGCCUGAACCUGCUUUCUCAGCCACAGGUGGUCCACGUUGUUCCUGUGCCCGUGAUUCCUCCGUCCGCCCGGGUGAACAUCGUCAGCAGCGUCACACAGAAUGAGUCUCAGGUCAAGGAGAGUGUGGGUUCCAUCCUCCAGAGGAUUGCCUCCUUCUCCAGAGCAGAGGCCAGGGCACCAAAGCCUGGCCUGAACCCUGCCGCCCUGCUGAGCAACGGCAUCAAGAGGGAGCCCCCAUCUGUACAGCACGAGGAGCCCACGCAGUCAGAAGACACGGCACAGGAGCUGGACUCGGAGCUGGAGCCAGCCAUCCGCAUGGAGGAGGAGAGGGAGGUGGAGCUUCAAGUGGAGGAGGACUCGGAAGCGGGGCGUGAGACGGAGAUCCCGCCCCCUCAGCUUGCCGAGCCCGGCACCCAGGGCAUCAUCAGGGGCCGCGACCUAUUUGGCUACGUGGGCAUUGAGGCCGUGCUCGAUCAGAUGCGGCGUAAAACCAUGAAGGCGGGCUUCGAGUUCAAUAUCAUGGUGGUCGGUCAGAGCGGCCUGGGCAAGUCGACGCUGGUGAACACACUCUUCAAGUCCAAGGUCAGCCGAAAGUCCUGCACCCCCAGUUAUGAGGAGAAGAUCUCCAGGACGGUCCACCUGAAAUCAGUCAGCCACAUCAUCGAGGAGAAGGGGGUGAAGAUGAGGCUCACGGUGAUUGAUACGCCUGGGUUUGGGGACCAGAUCAACAAUGAGAACUGCUGGGACCCCAUUGUGAAGUACAUAAACGAACAGUACGAGAAGUACCUGACGGAGGAGCUGCACAUCACCAGGAAGCGGAGAAUCCCCGACACCCGCGUCCACUGCUGCGUCUACUUCCUGCCGGCCACGGGCCACCGGUUACGGCCCAUUGAUGUGGAGUUCAUGAAGAGGCUGGGAAAGAUUGUGAGCAUCGUGCCCGUGAUCGCCAAAGCCGACACACUCACCAUGGACGAGAGGCUGGAUUUCAAGCAGAGGAUAAGACAGGACCUGCAGGCCAGCGGGAUCAGAGUGUACCCGCAGAAGGAAUAUGACGAGGACGUUGAGGACCGGAUACGCAACGACAAGAUCAGGGAAAACAUCCCUUUUGCUGUGGUAGGAACAGACAAGGAGCACCAGGUGAAUGGGAACAAAGUAUUGGGCCGCAAAACCAAAUGGGGAAUCAUAGAAGUUGAAAAUGUUGCGCACUGUGAAUUUGCCAAUUUGAGAGACCUACUUGUUAGGUCCCAUCUGCAAGAUCUGAAGGACGUCACCCACUACAUCCACUAUGAAACGUACAGGGUAAGGAGACUGAACGAGAGCAACGCCAGUGUCUCAGGGCUCUCCGCUCUGCCCCUGGAGAAUGGCAUUACGGAGAAGUACGAGGCCCAGAGCCAACUCUAAAGGGGGCAGGAGGUGGUCUAAGGCACAGACACGCCCCCUGCCCCUCCCCCAUCGGCCCAUCGUAUGUCCUCCCUGCCAAUGUGACAAGUAUCCUCAUCAGCCCCUGGGCCCCAGUGCCAGAGAACAUUUCAGAACAAGAAAUGUCCAGACAGCCAUCAUGUAGAACCUAAAAGUUUGACUAAAGACAUUUCCGCUGAGAAUGGCAUUUAAACUUCAUAUGAGUCUAUUUUUAAAUGAAUCUAUAUUAUGUUGUUUUUUUUUUUGGGGGGGGGGGGGGGGGGGAGACCUGAGUUGGUUGACCUGAGUAGGAAAGUUGAUGAUAAGUGAAGUAUGUAGAGAUGAGAUGUGUGUAGAAGGGGAGAAAGGAAGAAUAUUCAACAAGUUGUCCAUUGCAUCGUUCUCUCUCUCUCUCUCUCUCUCUCUCUCUCUCUCUCUCUCUCUCUCUCUCUCUCUCUCUCUCUCUGUGAGUUGUGCUUAAUGGCAGGACUGCUGGCAUGGGCAGGAGCCUGAGUUUGUCUGUAACUCUGGCAGGGAAAAGCAAGGCCAGUCAGUGUUGCCUCCUCCACUGGACCUCUGACUGAGCCCUGAGCCCACACUGUGUGCUGCAGAAGGCUGGCUGGUCUUCCAAAAGCAGUUCCUUUACUUCACCUUCUCACCAAGGCCUUUUUUUUAAAAAAAAGAGAACCUUUUCAGAGUCAUAUUAAAACAUUUUAUUUUUGUUACCACGCUGGCUUUUGGAGAACACCAUGUUUCUAAAAGAGAUCUUUUUUAACCGCUUUUGAGGAAAAAUUGUGAUAUGUUUAGAAAUGUAAUUGAGAAGAAUAUUACCAAAAAUGCUUUUAUGUUGAGGUAACUGUUAAUUUAGCUGUGUUUUUACUGAUACAGACAGCCAAGAAGUGAGAUAAUAUUUCUUUAUUGACAGCAGUUUCUUUAGCAGCUAUAUUUUCUGUCUGAUGGCUUCAGUGGGAAUGAAUCAACCCAAGCUUUGUGAAAAAGUGUCCUGAGGUAGCAACAGGGAAACAAUUUGAUUGUGCAACCAUAGAAUUUGUUCUGAAUUUACUGUCAAAUGUCUUUUCUAAAAGGUACACAUUUAUAUAUUUACUGUCCAUCAUUGAAAUUGUGAAUAACUUAGACUUACUGGGAUUCUGACUCUUCUCUCCAUAUGAAAGCUACUGUACAUACCCAAGUUGUUUUCUUUAUUUCUACAUCUCUUUUUUAUACAUGUACUAACAUCUCCCUCACGUCCUCACUAUGAAUAUUAAUAUCCAUGUAAACGGCAUUGAUUUAUGAUUAAAUGAUUGUCACUGUU